AUGUGCGUUGGGUGUGUCAUCACGUAUCCGGCCACUCUAGCCGUCCAGGCGAUGACAUUCUCGGAAUAUAUCUUUAAGCAGCAAAGCGUGCCCGAGAUCCUUGCCGACGUCAUCAAGGCCCAGGGCAUCAGCGACGUUGAAAGCAACCUCCAGCUUGAUCAUCGGCCACGUGAAUAUUGUGUGCAGGCUGGAGAAACCGACCUGGAUUUCAUCCAUCGGCUAGCCGCCGAAGAGGGCAUUCUCUAUACCUUCGAACACCGCAGCGACGGCCACACACUGGUGCUCACCGACCAGAUCGACGGGCUCGGCACCAUCGGUACGCAUGCAGCCUGCGGGGUGCUCUAUCAGCCUGCGGGUGGUGGCGACUCACCGGAACCCGCGUUGCAUCGUUUCCACUACACCGAGCAGGUUCGCACAGCCCGUCAGGUGCAAGGGGACUACACCUUUACCCAUCCACGUUACAACCUGCAGCACGCGGUCGCCGGGCGGCAGUUGGACAACCAGCGGGACGACUACGAACGUUACGACUACCCCGGUCGCUACAAGCGCGAUGCCGCUGGAAAACCCUUUACCAAAACCCGCCUGUCGGCCCUGCGCAGCGACGCACGCAGCGCCCACAUCGAGGGCGAUGAUGCUCGUCUGCAACCCGGUUUGGCCUUCGACCUGAAUGAGCAUCCACGGGAAGACCUCAAUUCCCGUUGGCGCACCGUGGCCAUCCAGCACACCGGCAAACAACACAGCAGCCAGCAGGAGGAAGCUUCUGGCGGCGAGGCGGGUACCUCCUAUCACCUCAAGGCCACGGCCGUUCAUUGGCAGGUUGACUGGAAAGCGCCGCUGCAACCCAAGCCCCGUAUCGACGGCCCGCAAAUCGCCACGGUGGUCGGCCCGCCCGGGGAGGAGAUCUAUUGCGAUGAGUGGGGCCGGGUCAAAGUCAGCUUCCCGUGGGACCGUUACAGCCAGGCCAACGAGCACAGUUCCUGCUGGGUGCGUGUCGCCCAAGGCUGGGCCGGGACGAUGUGGGGCGCGAUGGCCAUUCCGCGUAUCGGCCAGGAGCUGAUCAUCAGUUACCUGGACGGCGAUGUUGACCAGCCGAUUGCCACCGGGCGUGCCUACCGCGCCGACAACCUGCCGCCCUACGAGCUGCCCAGGCAUAAAACCCGCAUGACCCUCAAAAGCCAGACCCACAAAGGCAAGGGCUUCAACGAGCUGCGAUUCGAGGAUGAACGCGGGAAGGAAGAAGUCUUCGUCCACGCCCAGAAAGACCACAACACCCACGUCAACCAUGACCAGGGCCUGUUCGUCGGCAACGACCGAACGCGAAAAGUCGAGGCUGACGAACACGUCACCAUUGGCAAGGACUACCAACGGAUCGUGCGCGGCAACAGCCAUUCGCAGAUCGAUGGCGAGCAACAGCAUGCCGUCAAAGGCCCGCGCACCACCACUGUAGACGCUGACGACAAGCUGAAUGUCGGCGGUGACAGCACGUUGAAAGUGGGCGCAAACCUCGGGCUGGGCGCGGGCCGCCAGAUUCACCUGCAAGCGGGUGACGAAAUCGUCCUGGCAGCCGGGGCGAGCCUGACCUUGCAGGCGGGUGGGCACUGCUUGCGGCUGGACCCCGGUGGCAUUCAUUCCAGUGUGGAAAUUGAUGUGGGGGCGUCCCCCGGCCCGAUAAAGGUAUUGGGCGUGGCCGCCAUGGCAGCACUUUCCCUUGAGGACUACCUGGAAGCGGCGAAGCAGUCAGCCGCUGCGACUACCAAUUCUUGCCUCGCCGCCUCGGGUCAGUGCCUGUUUCUGGAACUGGCUCAAGACCCGUUGCUGGCCGCUUCGCUCUAUGCCGAUCAGCAGGCCCCCGGCUGGGCGGUGGAGUCGUUAUUCAGGAGCACUCAUCUACCGCACCUGGCAGGCGUUGGCCCCCAUUUGGUCGCCUUGCUUUGCGACAGUGCAGCCCUUGGGGCGAUUGUGGAGCGCCUGCCCAAAGAGCGCCUGGGCAUUGUUGUGCAACCCAGGGCCGAGGUCCCCUGGGCAACCGUGGUCGAGCACUGCCGAAAGCAUCUAUGGAUCAAGGACGCCCAUGGUUGCCCUUCGGUCUUGCGCUGGUUCGACCCCCAUGGAUUGCGGGCCCUGCUGACAGGCCUGGGCGCCGCACAUCGCGAGGCGUUGCUGAGCCCGUUUUCGUCGGUGAUCUGGCACGCGGGGCACGCUUGGUAUCAAUGGUCGGCCGAUGCUGGAGCCCUGCGUUCACAACACCCUGAAGAGGUUUUUCAGUUGGAUGACGCCUGCCUGGAACGGCUGACUGUUGAGCGCCUGUGGGAUCGGGCCAUGGCCUUGAGCCAAAACUACGCUCGUCAUUUGAACGCGGAUGCUGAUGUCGCCGUGGUGAGCGUAUUCAACGUCCUGGCCGCGGCACGAGCGUUUGGCGUUACCUGCACGCAGGAUCAAGAGCGCUGGCUGCGCCUGCAUCUUCAGGGUGGUGGCGAGUUUUGGGCUGAGCCCUCGGGCAAUGCAUUGCUCUUGUCCGACGAACUGUCUUACGGCGCAAAACUUCUCGCACUGGAAUCACGCUAUUUCAAAGGAACGACACCA